AUGAGCAAGCUGUUGGCGCCCAAACGGGCAGCAGGCGUCGACAAUACAGCGCGCCGCACAUGGGACAAGGAGGAGUACCGCCAGAAAGCAGAAGAAAAGGAUAAGGCAUUAAAGGGCAAAGGCGGGGAUGACGAGGACCGGGAGGAGACGGCGGCGGAGAUUCGCCGGCGGAGGCGUCUCGAGCGUGACCCGCUGCACCAGGGGCUAAUCGUGGAACGGUCUCUCCUGCGGCAGCGUGACUACCAGAUCGACCUCACGUCGCGCUUAGGCAAGACCCAGGUGGUCGGCUUCAACACGCCCCUCAACCAGCAAGCUGGUUGGUUUUGCAACGUUUGCAAUUGCGUCCUGCGGGACUCCCAGAGCUAUUUGGACCACAUCAACGGCAAGUGGCACAAUCGAGCGCUGGGAAUGAGCAUGCGCGUGGAAAAGUCCACGCUUGAGCAGGUCAAGAACAAGUUUGAUGAGCUCAAGAGCCGCAGGAGCCCGCCGCCGGAGGACUACGUGCCUGAUGGGUUCGACGCGGCUGCGAGCGCGGAGGCCAAGGAACGUGAGGAGAAGCGAGAAAAGAAGCGGCGGAAGGCGGCAGAGGCGGCAGCGGGGAGUGCGGGAGCAGGGACGGGAGGAGGGGGCCUGGAUGGCGGGGAGGCAGAUCCGGACAUGAUGGCAUUGAUGGGUUUUGGUGGCUUUGGGACCAGCAAGAAAUGA